UUUUGGCUCAGGCUGACCAGUUUCCAAGUCUGUGCUCUUUCUUCUUUUUUUUUUUUUCUUCUCAUCUGAUGACGGACACUGUCGGUUACGCUCCGGUCAUCAAGUUGCCACGAUCCAAAAGCUCAUCUUCCAACUUUCCAACGCGUCGUGAUAAGUCCGACCACCUAGUCUCAGACACUCUCUACUUUGAAGGACUGUCUCGGACUGACCAAAUAACAGAAGAUGACUUGAUGGACUUGAUGCAUGAUUGCCAGCCCCUUGAGUAAGUGUGUGAUCCAUCAUACAUGAUUCUGGGAGAACCUAUGCUCAAUUUUUGAUGCUUCUUGACUAGAAUUCACUUGGAGCCAGACACAGUGGUGGAUGGUCAUAUCAAGUUCGCCACCAAAGAUGGAGCUGACAGAGCGUAUACUCUGUUCAACUGGAUCAGUCUUCCUGACGGUGAUAAGCUUCAGCUCCAUAUGCACCACCCGAGCGAAGGCGCCAAUCCUAAGCCAGAAGCCAUCAUCUUGCAAGCUAAACAUUUACCACUUCACACGAACAAUAGUUCCUUGUACGACCUGUUCCGUCCCUAUGGACCAAUCUUUCUUUGUAAGACCGUGGCGGAAAAUGGUUCGGCAUUCGAAGGGACAGCGCUCAUUCAUUACUUCAAGCAACUGGAUGCAGACUCGGCUUUGGGAGCUAUGAACGGAAGUGAAAUCGACGGUAAUCUAAUAUCUGUUGUUCCUUUCAACCCCCCUACGACAAGGAAGCGACCCCAAUCCAUGAUGCUGCCGCCCACGUCCAAAAUAUCUGCAUUUGGCAAUUUCCCAAAUUCACCAGGCCGAGAAAACCCUAUCGAAAGCCCCGUGGAUUUCAAGAACCUUUACAUCAAGAACUUGGAUAUUGGUAUUAAGAGCCCUGAUUUGUUCAAUUUGUUCAAGGGCUUCGGGCACGUUGUGUCAGCGAGGGUGAUGAGCAAUCCUGCUACCGGCUACUCCAAAGGUUACGGGUUUGUCAGUUAUACCAGUCCAGUGUCGGCAUCAAACGCCCUUCAGGAAAUGAACGGUCGUAUGAUUGGAUCCAAACCUUUGAUUGUGGCCUUCCAUGAGCCCAAAAAGCCCAAGCCUGAGAAACGAAUGCAAGCGUCUCCUCCCGAAUCAUGGUCUUCCACAGCAUACGGUCAAGGGGCUUACUCUCCACCCGAGACGUCUGACAGUGGAAGCUUCCCCCCUCAAUCGUUUCAGGACUCCAAGCCGCAAAUGGAUUCACCACCUGCUGGCACUGGUUUAAACAUCAUUCCGAACAUUGAGGAAGAGCCGGAAAAUGUGAACCAAGUGUCCGAACGAAUGAGAGAUUUGGAUAUUGGUCAGAAGGCUCCUACUGAAGCCAUCGGAAAGCUAAGUCAACCAAAACCUAGCGACAAGCCACGAUCACUGGCUUCGCUGGCUUCACUAGCCUCUGGUACCGCCAUCGCAGUUUCGCCACCCCAACUGUCGGGAUCCAAUGAAUAUAAGGUCACUAUGGAAGGACGCCCGACUCUCCGACGCCGCAACUCUUUGGAAUCAGUCAGUUCGGUAGUGACCGAGACAAGCUCGGCCAUGAAGCACCAGAAGAUGGCAGAGGCCGUCAUGCAAUGCGGAGAUUAUGGCAAUAAGGUGAAUGAUAUUGUUGACAUGUUGUUGACACUCAAGCGCAAGGAUCGCUCUCUGUGUCUAUUUAAUGAAGACUUUUUACGCGAAAAAAUUGAACUCGCCUUGGAAGCUUUGGAAACUUUUGAUGAAGAGGAGGAAGACGAGGAGGAGGAUGAACCUGUGGGCUAUUUACCUCCUAGUCGCGUUCAACGAACACACACCUCUCCACCUGAUCUUGGUCGUAGCCGUGCAAACCAUCGCAUGUCGCUUCCCCCCAAUUUUGCCUACAUUAUGCCCCCCAAUAACCCAGCUCUCGCCGAAAUUGCCUUACCCAAAAGGGAAUCCAAAGCUAUACCCAUUGUUGCUCCACCUCCGGAGCAAACUCGACCCAAAUCAGAAGUCGCCAAGAAGCAACCGGCUCCCGCAGCAAAGGAAAAGGGUCAUGACAUUGACAAAUUCCUCGAUUCUAUAAAGGAGAAACCGAUCCAUGAGCAAAAACAGCAACUCGGUGACCGACUCUUUCCUUUGGUCAAGGCGACAGGGACAAAGCAAGCCCCAAAAGUUACCAUUAGACUGCUUGAUACCAUUGAUUUACGAGAGCUGGCUCAUUUGAUGUACGAUCAGGAACUAUUAGCAGGCAAAGUGGAGGCGGUUUUUGCAUCCAUGUAACGGAAACCGGCUUUAAAAGCAUCCUUCUUUUUACGUUCUUCCCACCCCCAAUAUAUAGUAUCAUGUUGUUACGAAUACAAAUGGACGUCCCAUCAUGACUUUGAACAGUUUUGGUUUGGCUAUCUGCAUAUAAUCCAUCCUAACACUGUAUUGGUUCUCUUGUUUUUCUUUG